GUCUCCAUCGCGUUGUCGUUUCUGCUGUGGCGCGAGUGUGGCGGGCUUCGUUUCGUGACUUGCUUUGGUGGCUCUGUGCUAGUCUCCGUGUUAAAUUAAUUACAUGCAGAACGCUUCAGCCUAUUAUUAAUAGCAGCGAGAUGACUAAAAGCGUCUAAAAAGUCGAGUUUGAUCUUAGCGGAAAGUGUUCCUAAGUGCACAAAACUCCUGCGUCCAUAUACAUAGCCCCAGAGAAAACACUUUGCAGCAGCACAUCACGAUCCUGAUCCGACCAGCUGACUGAAAAUGGCUCUCUGGUUAUUCUCGUUCGUCUCUGGACUGUAUUUGCUGCACUUCUCCAUAGCUCUGAUUCUGAUCAACAAGGAAGUGCCGCAGUCGCGUGGAAUGCUUUAUCCCCGGGAGUCCGAGACGAGGGAGGUGCGUUCGCUGGACGGAAUCUGGAACUUUGUGCGCUCCGACCAGGCGAACCCAACGCAGGGUGUGCGGGAAGAGUGGUACAGCAAGGACCUGAGCAAGAGCAGACCCACCAUACCGAUGCCCGUGCCCGCCUCCUACAAUGAUAUAACCACCGACAAUCUGCGCGACCACGUGGGCACUGUGUGGUACGACCGCAAGUUCUUUGCCCCACGCUCCUGGGCCGUGGAUCAGCGGGUCUGGCUGAGGUUCGGCAGCGUCCACUACGAGGCGUAUGUGUGGGUGAACGGCCAGAAGGUGGUCAAGCACGAGAUCGGGCACUUGCCGUUCGAGGCGGAGGUCACGCAUCUGCUGAAAUACGGCGCAGAGAACCGCAUCACGGUGAUGUGCGACAACGCUUUAAUACAGACUACUGUGCCACAGGGUAGGAUCACCGAGCUACCAAACGACGACGGCAUGACGAUAGUCCAGAGCUACACGUUCGACUUUUUCAACUAUGCCGGAAUCCAUCGUUCGGUCCACCUGUACACCACGCCCAAGACGUUCAUAGAGGAGGUAGUGGUAACUACGAAUCUGUCGAAGGACAAUGUCGGGGGAGAGGUCCUCUACAGCGUCAAAUUUAAUGGAAGCGCCGUCAACGAAGCAGACAAUGCCCUGUACGUGCGAGCCCAACUGUACGACCGGGAGGGCAAGUUGGUGGCCAAUGGCACUUCGGAUGCACAGCUAAGUGGGAAUCUGCAGGUGGACAAUGUGAACCCCUGGUGGCCGUACCUGAUGCACCCGGAACCAGGAUAUCUCUACCAGCUGGAGGUGAAGCUACACGCCUCCAACGAUGAGCUACUCGACGUCUACCGCCUGAAGGUGGGCGUGCGCACCCUAAGCUGGAGCAACGCCACAUUCCAGAUCAACGGCAGGCCCGUCUACUUCCGCGGCUUCGGCCGCCACGAGGAUGCCGAUGUGCGAGGCAAGGGCCUGGACAAUGCCCUUAUGGUGCGGGACUUCAACCUGCUGAAGUGGAUCGGGGCCAACGCGUACCGCACCUCGCACUAUCCCUAUUCUGAGGAGUCGAUGCAGUUUGCGGACGAGCACGGGAUCAUGAUUGUUGACGAGUGUCCCAGCGUCGACGCGGAAAACUACAACCAGGAGUUGCUGGGCAAACACAAGUCGUCGGUGGAGCAGCUAAUCCACCGAGAUCGCAACCAUCCCAGCGUGGUCAUGUGGUCUAUAGCUAAUGAGCCUCGCACCCGUGAAAUGAAUGCGGAUUCGUAUUUCCAACUUGUGGCUAACCUUACGCGGUCCCUCGACAAGACACGGCCAAUCACGGCAGCCAUUGCCACUCCAUGGACCGAUGACAAGGCGGGCCGCUUUUUGGACAUCAUUAGCUUCAAUCGCUACAAUGCGUGGUACUCCAACACAGGUCGACUGGACAUGGUCACAAAGAAGGUGGUUGAGGAGGCCGUCGCAUGGAACAAACAGUACAACAAACCCGUAAUCAUGGCCGAGUACGGAGCCGAUACACUGGAAGGACUGCACCUGCUCCCGGCUUACGUAUGGUCAGAGGAGUUUCAAUCGGAGGUCUUCGCGCGCCACUUCAAGGCCUUCGAUAUCCUGCGGAAGAAGGGCUGGUUCAUCGGAGAGUUUGUGUGGAAUUUUGCCGACUUCAAAACGGCCCAGAGCUACACCCGCGUAGGAGGCAACAAGAAGGGAGUCUUCACGCGUGCCCGACAACCGAAAGCUUCGGCUCACCUGCUGCGGAAGCGAUACUUUGCCCUUGCCCGGGAGCUGGACGAUUCCAGCUUCCCGGAAGACCUUUUCACCUACAUCGCCGACAUGGGCAAGGUGGAGAAUACGUAGUAUUCGGACACAUGGCUACUGUAAAUAUGUCUUUAUGCGUGUGAUCCUUGAUCUGCCAUCGCCAUAGUUGCAUUUUCCAUUCCGUUACAUUGCCCUGUACAAUCCUAAAUGUAUAGCUUUAGUGCAUUGUAUUUUUUAUAUGUACUGAUAAGCUAAACUAAAUUUUAAAUAAAGUGCAUUAUUUAUUAACAGCUA